AUGGCUUCCACCGAAUCAGCUAUCCCGCCAGCUCAAACCGAGGCCGAAAUGCCCACUUCGCCAAAAGCAAAGGGUCAUCGUCGAGGCAGUUCAUCUGUAACGGAUGUAUAUAAGCCUGCUGAUUUGAAGGAACUUAUCGGCACAGAAGGAGAAUUGAAACUAGCAAAAGAAAUCUCUAAACUAAACUGGAAAAUAAAUACCCACCCCUCUCACCUAGACGACUGGAAACAACUCAAGCAAAUCCCAAUUUCUAGCCCCAAAGUCAAGCUAUUAGAUGUCUACUUCCCCAUGGGCUUGCACGUAACUGCCCGUGCGAGUGCUGCCUCCGCCCUUGGCGUUAGUGUUUAUGAUGUGCUGGCCGCAAUCCAUAAGCAGUUCAAGAAGAAGGCGGAUGACGAGCUAGAAAUGCCAGUUCUUGGCAACCUCGAAUGGGGCCGAUCGGACGAUUUGACAUCGAAGGAGCACUGGCCCGCUGUUGUACUGGUUGCGCAGAAGAAGGAGGCACCGGCAUCUUCAGGAAAGAAGAAGAACAACUAA